AUGGCGGAGGCGCCCAUUGUGCUCGAUGGAGGUACCGGUUUCCUCAAGGUCGGAUAUGCUGGCCAGAACUUCCCCGACCACCAGUAUCCCUCCAUCGUUGGACGACCGAUAUUACGAACUGAAGAGCAGACGUCGGGAGACAUUCAAUUAAAGGACAUCAUGUGUGGUGAGGAAGCUGCGGCAGCACGGUCAAUGCUACAAAUCACAUACCCGAUGGAGAAUGGCAUAGUGAAGCGAUGGGACGACAUGCAGCACCUCUGGGACUACACCUUUUUCGAGAAGAUGAAARUCGAUCCAACUGGCCGCAAAAUCCUCCUAACGGAACCUCCGAUGAACCCACUGAAGAAUCGAGAGCAAAUGGCAGAAGUCAUGUUUGAGCGCUACAACUUUGGUGGCAUCUACGUCGCCAUUCAGGCUGUCCUCGCGCUCUACGCUCAAGGUCUCUCUUCUGGGGUGGUGGUGGAUUCUGGAGAUGGUGUCACACAUAUCGUUCCCGUGUACGACAGCACAGUGCUCAAUCAUCUCACCCGCCGACUGGAUGUUGCAGGUCGGGACGUCACUCGCAACCUCAUUUCGCUGUUGACUCGACGUGGAUACGCUUUGAACCGUACGGCAGACUUUGAAACUGUGCGCGCGAUCAAGGAGAAGCUGUGUUAUGUCUCUUACGAUCUGGCACUCGAUCAACGCCUCAGCGAAGACACGACUGUUCUGGUUGAAUCAUACACUCUCCCCGACGGCCGCGUCAUCCGAGUUGGAAGUGAGCGCUUUGAAGCCCCAGAAUGUCUUUUCCAGCCUCAUUUGGUUGAUGUAGAGCAGCCCGGCAUCGCGGAGUUCCUCUUCAACACCAUUCAAUCCGCCGAAGUAGAUAUCCGCUCAUCUCUUUACAAAGCUAUUGUCCUAUCUGGAGGGAGUAGCAUGUACCCUGGUCUACCAUCGCGAAUGGAAAAGGAAAUCAAGCAGCUUUGGCUGACAAAGGUCCUCGGCGGCAACCCAGAACGACUCAGCAAAUUCAAGGUUCGGAUAGAGGAUCCGCCGCGGAGACGGCACAUGGUGUUUCUGGGUGGUGCCGUGCUAGCCAACAUCAUGGCAGACAAGGAGGACAUGUGGGUUUCGAAGCAGGAAUGGGAGGAGCAAGGAACCCGUGCUUUGAAGAAGCUUGGAGAGAGAUGA